GAGAGAAUCUCUCUUCAGGAAGCAUACUUGAUUACAGAAAGUGGCGCAGAUUAUGCUAUGCCGCAUCAGUGCUCUCUGAAAACCUAACGCGUUUCCCAUAAGCUAUCUUUCCAACACUUCAAUUUUGAACAAGGAGAAGAUAGCUAGCUAGCCAUGGCGAAUGAGGUAGAACAAGUUAAUUCCUUGCAGUCCAUAUGCUACACACGCGGAUCGCUCAAGUUGCUCGAUCAGAGAAAGCUUCCGCUCGAGACUAUUUAUUUGGAUAUUGCAGAUUCCAAAGACGGAUGGGUUGCGAUAAAGGAUAUGGUCGUUCGUGGGGCACCGGCAAUUGCCAUAGCUGCCGCACUCUCCUUGGCUGUAGAGGUUUCUAAUUUAGGGGCUUUUAGUGGGAUGCCUAAAGAUGCCGCGUCUUUCCUUAGCGAUAAAUUGGAUUAUCUUGUCUCGAGCCGUCCAACAGCUGUCAAUCUUUCAGAUGCUGCAACGAAACUUAAGGAAGUCGUACACAAAGCUGCAGCCGCUUCUUCCGAAGCACAGAAUGUCUUUCAGGCUUAUGUUGAAGCUGCCGAAGUGAUGCUUGAAGAUGAUGUUGCUUCGAAUAAGGCGAUUGGACACUAUGGAGCUAGUUUCCUUCAGAAGCAGCAGUCUGAUCCGAAGAAUAUUUCUGUUUUGACUCAUUGCAACACCGGCAGUCUAGCAACAGCUGGAUAUGGAACUGCUCUUGGUGUGAUUCGUGCUCUUCAUGAGAAAGGAGUGCUGGAAAGAGCUUACUGUACUGAAACGCGUCCAUUCAAUCAAGGUUCAAGGCUCACAGCAUUUGAGUUGGUGCAUGAAAACAUUCCUGCCACUCUAAUUGCUGAUUCUGCUGCUGCAGCGUUAAUGAAAGCUGGGCAAGUGAAGGCUGUCAUUGUUGGGGCUGAUCGCGUGGCAGCUAAUGGUGAUACUGCCAAUAAGAUAGGAACCUACAGCCUUGCCAUUUCAGCGAUGCAUCACGGUAUCCCGUUUUAUGUGGCUGCACCACUCACUUCCAUUGAUCUGUCCCUUUCUUCUGGGGAAGAAAUUGUUAUAGAAGAGAGAUCUGCAAAAGAGCUACUGCAUGCUCGUGGAGGACUGGGGGAACAAGUCGCUGCUUCUGGAAUUUCUGUUUGGAAUCCUGCCUUCGACGUUACACCAGCUACUGUCAUCAGUGGUAUUAUUACAGAAAAGGGUGUCAUCACAAAAGAUGGGGCAGAUUCUUUCGACAUCAAAAGUUUCGCAGAAAAGGUAUCAAGCAAUCAUUGAUGAAGAAGCACAUGGUCCAACUAAGAUUGGUGUUGAGAGGCAUUAAAAUUAUUGAAGCCAGAUGCACCAUGUUACAUAUUUAAUUUAUGAUGGUACCGUUUGUUAAAAAAUGGGAAUAAAAUUCUACUGUUUUACGAAUGUAUUUCGUCGAAUUAGUGCAGUAAAAACUGAUGAGCCCUACAUAUUUAAUUUAUGAUGGUACCGUUUGUUAAAAAAUGGGAAUAAAAUUCUACUGUUUUACGAAUG